GACAUUAUUUUUUUUAGUUGUUUGGAUUCAAUUGUGUUGUGCGCUUGUUCUAUUCAAAAUAUCAAUUCAAUCAUUCGUCGGAGUUUAGUUAUUUACAAAUAUUUUGAAAGAAGAAAAUUUUAAGAACUCCAAUAAAAGUAUGUAAAAUGAUCUUCCGUUAUGUGAAAUUGUUCUUCCUACUAUUUUUUGGGAUUAAAUGUGCCAAAUCCCUUACUUUACAAUUAAAAAAUUUUACCACAAACAGUUCCCUCUUUCAUUAUACGCCUAUAAGACAAUGUGGACAAAACGAAUAUUAUGAUUUGAACUUUUUUAAGUGCAUCGCAUGCAAUAGUGAGAAUAAAUAUUUGCAACCAACUGCAAACAAAUUUUCCUGCGAGUGUUUAUCGGAUAAAAAGAUCUCCGUUGUGUACGACUCAAUUCAAAAUGGACCCAUUUGUGAUGAAGGAUGUGUUAUCAAUGCCAACGAAACAAAUAAAUGUCAGCCAACGAAUACUUCCAGUUGUAAUUUUCUAUAUAUCAACUCAACAAGAACAGCUAAACAUAUACAGAUCACCACUAAAAAUCCUUACAAUGAAAGCGAUUGCAACACAUGCGAUUUAAAAUAUAAUUUCAAUUUUGAGACUUACUGCAUAGUAAACGCAUUACUGAAGCCAUAUUUAAACUACAACAGCUUCUGGGUACCCAUAGCAUUUACUGGGGGCCAUUAUGGGGAAUUAAAAUUCAUUGCAUUUUUCUGUUUUGCCCUGCAUAAUAACACUGCAUGCAAUCGGUUGGCGAACUAUUGUGUGAUGUCACAUUACUCAUUGGAUAAUAUGUCACCAUGUAAUGCGUUUUUAGUAACACAAACCUCUGACAUCAUAAGAUAUACAAGUAUGGGUGAACCUUUACAAGUAAUAACACCGUUUUUAUUCUUUGAAAAGGGUAAAAAUACCGUAAGUAUGUUAAAUAAACCAAUAGACGGCGCAGCGUUUACAGUUGAAAAUUCUAAGCUACAUAACUCUAAACUUAAUUUGUUCAGCACGCAUUAUAACUUAGAUGGUUCUUUCUUGCGUUGGGGUUCAUUUAAUUUUGAUCAUAUUAAUUUAUGCGGACUGCACUCAAAAAAUAUUUUCGCUGUUGCAAAUCAUAGAAUACAUUUCGCUAAGCGAUACAAACCAAUUAGUUGCGAAUUGACUUUGGAGAAUAUAAUAGAUUUGUCCCAAAUUCUAGCUAAUAAUAAUUUUUUAAAUAUUUUUUUUAACUAUACUAAAAAAAAUAAUGACAAUCAAGUGUACUUACAACCCGUGCCUAUUUUAAUUGAAACUCUAACAGCAGAAAAUCAACGAAUGAAUACUGAGGAAUGGCGUUUGGUGAAACGGUUCUUACUUAUUGUCGCGAUUUCCCGAAACCUCCACGGUCGGCAAAGGGAGGCAAUCUAUGAAGAUACACACAAGUUGCAAUUAUAUUCAUAUAUUCGUUACGUGGACAGUUUUCAACUUUUCUACAAAAUUCAUGAUGAGAAUACAAUUUCUAUACCAAUCAUAAAACUAAGAUAUCGUAGCAUUGAACUGAAUGACAAUUCUUCAUUAAGUGAUUUGUAUAGUUUUAAAAUUGACAUUAAAUUUGAGAAAAUGGAUGAGAUGUUAAAAUCGGAUCAACAUUUAAGUAUCACUGUUACUAUUCUGCUUUUCAUAACUAUCGGCAUCUCCAUACUGCAUACGUACAACUCAAAGAAGAGGCGUUCGCUUAUGGAUGCACUACAAAUACGGGAUAUUUGUGAUUUUUCAUGUAUCACAGAAUUUUUCUUACAUUUUUUUUCAAAUACUUCGAAUGCUAUAUUGCUUGGUACAUUUUUGUUAGCUGUAAUAAAUUCAUUAACAUAUCUAUUUCAAGAAACUAUUAAGCUCACUUUACCACUUAAUAAAGUUCAGCAUACUUUCGAUGUCCUAAUAUUCACAGCAUUACUCUUAAAGGCAAUUUAUCUUGGCGUAUAUUUUUGGAGAGUUGCCCAUAUAGAUCUAUUUUUCAUCGACUGGGAGCGUCCUAAGUGCUGCGAUAACAAUCAUAUAAGUACGAAAACAAAUUUAGAAACAUCUUCCGUUUGCUCAAGUGUCCGUACCUUUAUUUCUGAAAACAAUGUUUCUGCGUGGCGUACUAUUUUUACUGCUAACGAAUGGGUCCGUUUGAGUACUGCAACAAAAACUUCCAUGAUAGUACAAGGCUUUGCGGUUAUAGUUCUUUAUCAGAUAUUUAAUAAAACUAAUAUCACACAAGAUGACAUCACAAUUAAAUUAUUUUUAAUCUACAUAUGCUACAUCUCAAUUUUUAUAACGCAAAUAAUUUGUUAUGAGCUAUUAAUCAAGAGGCUCUUCGGAAAUCCAUUGCUAAAAUUUACAGACUUAUGUUCCUUGGCAAAUAUUUCCUUAUUUAUAUUACUUGACACUGCUUAUGGCUUUUAUAUACAUGGCCGUUCCCCUCACGGAUUUGCUGAUACCGAUAUGUCAUCUAUAAUAAUGCAGUUACAGCGAGAGUCACAGAAUAUGUGUGGACGACGUGGUUUGCUCACUGAUUCCGAUCAGCAAACUUAUAUAAUAGUUCCUCCAAUCAGUUUGCGUUCUUAUUUUAAAAAACUAAUGAUUCCUUUCCAACGUUCAUGGAGUAUUUCACAAGCACAUUUUCAAAAAGAAGUGAACACGAUCGAAAGUAACUUGCAUCGAAGAUCAUCCUUAGCAUAUAGCAGUGUAAAUCGAUUCUUUUGUGCUUUUAUUGAUCAUGCUAUUAAAGAUAUGGACUACAUUAUCAAGGAGAAAAGCUUUAUGGAGAAAAUAUUUAAAUGCGAAUUAAACAGCUAUUUGACAGAGAAUAAAGGCACAUUUUAUAUAGACAAAUCAUUUGCAUUUAGUGAUCUAUUCUUAUAUGGAAAUCAUUUUGAAGUCUUCGCUUUGGAAUUGUUAUUGCUCUUAAGUGUUUUUAUAAUGACUACCAAUAUUGAAGCAUCUGUCGCAGUGGUUUGCGCUUCAAAUUUGCUUUUUCAAAUAAUCUUCCGGAAUUGGGUACGCAGAAAUGUCUCCGAGAAAACAUUAAUUGAUGAACGAUUUCUGAUGUAAAAUAAAUAAUCAUUAACAUAUAUAUUAAC